UGCUUUUAGACUGUCAAUAUUUCAUAAUCUAUGAACUUGGUUGGAUAGAAUAGUAACCGUGACUUUAAUGGGUUUGUUGGAUCAAACUAUAAGAGCUCCACCCCCUUCAAAGAGAUAUUUAGUGGACCGGAACAGAUAUACUAAGCGGCUCUUCUCUCACAUUUGACCGCCGGCGCUUUGGAGAAAGUCUCACAGCUGGCGUACUAGCAAUGAGUGCGUGAAGACGAACGCAAACUAGUUCCUAAAUCAAGAUGACAGCCAUUGAGAGCAAAGAGGAGAUCAGUGACUCCGACAGCGGGAUUAUAUUGCACUGUGGUCCAGAAAGCCCCACGUCGCCAGUCAAGGAAUCAAGCACGCACACCAGAGCCCUCCAACUCAAGCAGCAGUCUCUGGAGGGCCGUCUGGAGCUCUGCCUGCUGGAGCUGAGGAAGCUGUGCAUUCGAGAGGCUGAGCUGACUGGUACACUGCCCUCAGAUUAUCCUCUCAUGCCCGAUGAGAACCCGCCGCAAGUCAGAAGGAGGAUCGGGGCAUCCUUCAAGUUAGACGAAGGUUUAAUCUAUCUGGAGAAAGAGGACUCAGAGUUGCACGGCCUUGAGACGGAACUGGCUCUCCAGCGGCAGAUCUAUGAGGCGGUGCGCAAACUCUCGCUGGAAGAGAAGCUCAGCAAGCCUCAGAAGAAAAGCCGCGUGCAGCAGUGCAAGCGCGAGGAGAAGAAGGUGCGCGAGCUGCAGGAGGCCGUUUUCCAGUGUAGGAUAAGGAGCGAGUGCAACUCACCAUGCAUUGGCAACAUCUCCGCUAAAGGCAAAGAUUUGAAUAUGUCUGAUGACAGCUCGCUGUCUGAUGUGGUGGCCCUGGAUGAAGAUCUGGACUCCCUUGGCCCUGUCUCUGCUACGGUACCCAACCUGCAGACCCCCAUUGUGGAGUACGAGCCCUCUCCCAUCCAGAAUUCUCCCUGGAAGGAGUCCAGUCUGGACCAGCCUUAUCACAAGGCUGCAAAACCUCUGCCUGCUGACAGCAGCAACUCCAGCAGUACAGCGGGAGCGCAAGUUUCGGCUGACGCCAGCAGAAUUCCUCUCUCACAGUUCAUUAAGAACUCUGCGCUGCGGCACAACCACUCCGCCAGCGCCCCCUCCACACCAGAGCUGCGCGUGCGCCGACAAUACUCUCAGUCCUUCAGAUUUCCAAAGAGUAAGCCGUGUGCUGACAAAGAGUGCCUCAGCUCGGAGUCCCUCAGAGUGAGAUCCCGCCUGCCACAGCGACGCUGUGCCACAGACUUCCUGGUGCUUUCCCCAGAGUCCUCCCCCCUGCGGCCAUACCAGUCUAGCUCGGAGGACAGCAGCUCUGAGCACUCUGCCUCCUCUUACGUGGUAAGUCAGGACGCGCCCACGGAGAUCCCCAAGCUCUGCCCUCCACCGUAUGGCUUCCACUUCAAGAAGGAGCUGCCGGGUUGCGGGAACACGCAGCCCCUCUCCCCUCAGGACUCAGGCAAGCGCUUGGUGUCCUCCCCACUCGUGAGCCAAUGCAGCCCUCAGCAAAGACCUUGGCAGGAGGGCACAGCUUCUACCAGGAAGGUGCCCAAGCUCCCACCCCCUUACACAAGGGUUGUGCGGACGCCUUCGCUGAAAGAGUACGCCAGCUACGGCCUCCGCAUCAUGCCCAGGGAGGCGGUGUCAGAGGAGCUCAAGUCGUGGCACCAGCGCAGUCAGAGCCACAGCUCAGUGCCGGGCUGUGAGGAGCUGCAAAGUCCCCUUGGAAUGAAGAGCCCCACUUUACUGCACAUGCCUCCGUUUGAUCAGGGUUCAGGUAAUUUGGUUCUCCAAAGAGCUGCAGAUGGGACCCCAGUCCAGUGGUUUGUGGCAGAGGACCAUGAAAUUGUGAGCCAGGUGUAGAAUUUUAGUCUUAGUUUGAUCUAUCCUGCCCCUUUCUAUCAUUCAUAUUUAAGUCUGUAUUUAUUAAGUAUUUGGACCUUUGAGAUUAUACUGCAUUCAGCAAACGUGCACUCCCAGAUGAGCAUACCUCUCCCUCCUUUAUAAUUUAAAGUAAGCUAUUUAUUUUCAAAUGCUUUUUAGUAGAUUCUUCUCCAGUUUGGAGCUCACAAUGUUUCAUGCAGAACUCGUACAUUUUGCACAAAAAAGUUCACCAAGCAUUCCUAAUAUAAUGUGUCUAUUUAUAAACUAUUUGAAGGUCGUUGCUCUUAACUUAGACUACUAAAGAUUCGAUGUCAACCUACCGGUUGUGUGUAACAUUGUUAAAAUUUAACAUAGAGUACGUUGAAUUGAAAGAUGAAUUUUUCCUUACUGAUGCCUUUAAUGGUGCUUUGAUGCUUGUUGUUCUUGCAGAAUGUUCUUACUAACCAGGUGAUUGUAUUUUUUUUCUAUAUUUAUAGUAAAGAAUUUACAACUUCA